GCUCAUCGUAAACUAGAUGAGUGAAGAAAACAUCACACUUGUGGCUGAGAACAGCAGUUUUACGGUUUCUCGCCAUGUUCUAUCAAAAUACAGCCACUACUUCUCUGCAGCCCUCAACAGUGGCAUGUCCGAAAGUACAAGUGGUCGCUUUGUGUUUCCUGAGCUUACUGCCGCACAACUGACCCUCUUUGUUCGUUCCGCCUCCUCAGGUUUCAGUGUCUGGCCUGGGACAACAAACAACCGUCAGAUAUCUCAUGAUUUAUCCAAUAUUUCACCUUGUCCAGUUCGUUGUGAGCUGAUUGAGAUUCUCGAGCUCACUACUGCAGCAGACUACCUCCAGACUCCGGCUCUCACCAAACUUUGUCUUUCUCGACUGUUGGAUCUGUUAACUCAUCUGUUUGCAUCCGAUUCCAUCCGACUUCAUGAGCAACAUGGCUGUGAUAUUCUACGGGACUUUCUUGUUUUGUGGGCCAAGUACACCAAAGAGCAUACGAACUCGGUUAGUACUGUGCUGUUUACAUUUGCCGCCAGAAAUCCCCCACGUGUGCUAGAUCCGUUCCUACCCGCUGUGUGUUCCCCUUGCACACAAGACGCUGUACUUGGUCUUGCCACCUCUCUUAUGUCUUCCGAUGACCUGUGUGUGGUGGAUGAAACGCAGGUGAUUCAGUUCGUAUUAGAUUGGAUCUAUUAUCUCCGAAUGCAUGACAAAGCUUCCACUUCUGUGGUGCAACGUUUUUUCGACUGCAUUCGGCUAGGUUUGGUCACGCACGAAGGACUCUUACGACUGCUUCAGUUCUGGUGUGAAUUCUAUCCAAAUGUCAGGUGGCAUGACCAACUGAGCUACGAGGAAUUUUCUGCCUUGGUCAAAGCGAAUGUUGUUUCAGGUCCAUUCAGUGGAAUACUGAGCAAGGCUUCGGUUACACCCUUUUGUUCCGCGCUUUUUCGUCCUCGCGCCCCUGUCCCCUGUGUCAUUAGUCUGAUUCAGAGUUUGAAGGAUAAUAGUAUCGAACUAUGGCUGUUCGACCUCAUCACUGGAAACCAUUAUGCGCGGGAGUUACCCGAAACGGUUGUUAACCAACUGUCAAAUAAUUCUGUCAAAUGUGGUGACUUGUUCAACCGAAUUUAUCUUUGUCACCCCUGUAUACAGAAGGACGUUCCUGACAGUUCAAUACUGGUGCUUUGCUACGACCCUGUGAACGCAGGUUGCCUCAGUGGGUUCAUUUGGUGUUUGGCUACUGGUCAAGCACAAUGGAUACCCAUGCUUGUGCUACACUCAACGGGGGAACAGAGGAAUAUGAGCAGAGCAUCCGGUUCUUCUAUAAUGUUCCGUUCUCGACGUGUUGGUGUGGUCACUUUAGAAGAUGGCGUCUAUGUGUAUUACGCAUCUUCCACCCAAUUCCGUUCUCGCGUGUUGGUGUGGUCACUUUAGAAGAUGGCGUCUAUGUGUAUUACGCAUCUUCCACCCAAUCGGACGUCUUUUUGCACGUUGCACGAUUAGAUUCGUCCAGCUGGACCUGGCAGGAAUUCCCUCCGGUUUCUUUGGUUUCAGACGUUGGGAAUGCGGUGGUUUUAUUCACCCCAGUCGAACAGCUAAGUACAAUCUCUUCAGACGGCUGGAUGUAUUGCAGUGUAGAAGUAACUAGUCGAUCUGGGAGCCGCAUACAACCCGUCUGGCGACACAAUUUACACCAAACGUCCUUGAUUUGUUCACGAUUCUUUCGCUUUCGUCCAAUCUAUGGGUCCAAACCUUCGGAUCGCCAUCUCGAACUUGAUUUGCUUCCAGGCGCACCUUUUUUGAUCCGCAUUUACCAUGUUCUCCCGCUAAGUGCGUCCUGUAAGGAAGGAAACGACACAGAAACUCGUGCAUAUUUGUUCGCCUUUGGGACUUGUUCACGGGAUGAGCGUGCCACACAGUUUUGUCUGGAUUUGACAGCGCGACAAUGGAUAGAGUGGUCCACUUGCGAGCACGAAUUGGGAAGCAGUGAAUCCUUUCCACAACCCAGUCACACGGUCAGAGCGCAAUUACAAACCAAUUUAUGUCCGAAACUUUUGGGUUUUCGUGGUCUGGUUUGCGCCACCACUGUACCUGAUCUUUGCGAUGUUGGUGAACGAAACUCUUCUCCUGGAUCACCCUCAAACACCGACCUAGUCUCCCGUUCGACUCUAUCUGACGUAUCUCCUCAUUGCAAUCCUUCAAUGGUUUUGAUUGGACGACCAGACUAUCGUUUCGGUGAGGUUGGACAGAGCUGCUCAGGAAUUUGGUUUCACCGUCCACAGCUAUCCGUCGGCCCACCUGAACAACCAUUGGUUAGCUUGGACUCUUCCAAACCUGCUUUUCCACUUCCCACCUCUGUCAGCCACGCGUUAUCCCACUCCACUUCACCUGCAGCUGUUGUGCACACCAACUGGAAUAACCUGCUUCAUUCAUCCGACAUGUUCCGUUUUCUUAAUUCCCAUCCGAGUGAGCUCAAACAAUCAACCAAACGAUUACGGAGCUCACCGGACAUAGACCAAAGCAUCAGGUUGCCAUGCUUCAACCACCCUUGGAAUUGGAGUGCUUGCGACAGUGACUAGUUGUUUCCACGACGUAGAUUCCUCUUUUCCCUUCCCCCUCCCCCCAAAGGAUGUGGUUUGAUGUUUAGACACUAUUUUAUGUCUUCGCCACUCCAUUUUUCAUGGCUGUGUACGACAAAGUUGUUUUAUACAUUCA